GUACGAGUUGUGUCAGUUAAAUGCUUCACAUGACGACCGCAGAGCCUGCCAGCCUGGAGACCCUGUGUGUGCUGUACCAGAGCGAUGACUACAUCGUGGUGGACAAGCACUGGGACAUCCGCAUUGACAGCAAGAUGUGGUAUGAGAAACACACAGUGCAGGCGCAGCUCCGGCACCGCUUCCCUCAGCUGGCAGACCCUAGCACCUACUAUGGAUUUAGGUUCUGUCAUCAGUUGGAUUUCUCCACAAGUGGGGCUCUUUGUGUUGCCCUCAAUAAGGCUGCUGCCGGCCGGGCUUACCGCUGCUUCAAGGACCGUACCGUGACCAAGGCCUACCUCGCCCUGGUACGUGGCUGGGUAGAAGAAGAGACACAAACUUUGGACUUCUCCAUCGGCAAGAACUCCUCAGAGGGAAAAACACACAUGAUGUGUAUUGAGGGAACAGAAGGUUGUGAGAACCCCAAGCCUUGCCAAACUGAGCUGACGGUGUUGGAGUAUGGGUUGUAUGAUAGAGACCCUGUCACCAAGGUGCUACUGAAGCCACUCACUGGACGAACCCACCAGUUAAGGGUGCACUGCAGCGCAAUAGGCCACCCCAUCGUUGGGGACUUCACGUACAGCUCGGGAGUGGAUGAUGCCCCCUACCGCAUGAUGCUGCAUGCUCACCUCCUCCAUAUUCCCCUGGAACCUCAGCCCCUGCUCGUCUCUGCUGGAGACCCCUUUGUCCCCACGGAGGAUCCCAAGUGGCUCCCGCAGCGCUCCUUAAGACCACUGACAGCCACUGUGGAGGCCCUCCUGGAGCACGAGGUGGAGAAGGGCCGGAAGAUCAGAGAGGAGGAGAGAGAGAGGGCGAGAAAGAAGGAGGAGAGGAGGAAAGGAAGCAGGGAACAGAGCACUCAGGAGGAGAGUGAGGAGCAGAGGAGGGAGUGUCAAGAGUGGCUGAGUGAAUGGGCUGGAGACUGAUGGAGUUUUUUUGUAUAAUUAUUUAUUUUAAUUUAUUUUAGCUGUUUACUUAUGAAGACCAUGUUGAGCAUGCAUGCUCUAUCUCAUUGACCACCUGCCUUGUAUUAAAAGGGUAUACACAGACAUGAACCUUAGUUCCUUCACAAGCCAGUUACAUGCCAGUUACGUUACAAAAGAAGUGUGUGUGAGUAUGUAAAUUACUGCUCUCGUAAACAAUUCAUAGCUGCUCGCUAUAACCAGUCCUUUACAAUGAGCCGCUGAGCGACUUUUACUGCAGUAGCUGAGAAAUAAGUGCCUUGCUCAAGUUCAUGUUCAUAAGUGAGGGAUUCAUGCCAUUCAUUAUUUUAAUACAUAUCCACCGUAAUAAGAGUAACUAUUUAAUUGGGGAUUUUUGUCACAAGUUUAUGCCAGAUAUUGUCAGAUGAAAUAAACCUGGUAGGGGGGCCUGAAAAGGAGCAGUUGUUCUGAAUUUGUCCAGGAAAUGCUGGUUAAGUCCAAGUGUGUUGUCACAUAUGCUGCGUGGCUGUAACAUACAUGGAAUCCUAUGUAAGAUCAUAUAGCCUGUAUGUUUCUUUGCAUUUUGACAUACAGUCACUGUAUUCAACCCCCUUCCUUGUUUUUUUUAUGUCUGAUUGUUUUACAAUGUUGAAUCUCACUGUUUAACGAAAAAGCUUUUGUCAAUGUAAAAAUGUAUCUUCGUUCAAUAAUAACAUAAAAAGCUGAAUAAAUGGUUGAACUAA